AUGGCCACCGGCCCGGUCGUUCGUGGACACCUCACGAGGAUAUCCAGAACUAUACGCACGCUCGUCCGUUGCAUUGGUGGAAAUAGAGAGAACAUUGAAAAUAACACUCGGGCUUUAUUGCUCCUCUGCGAGCUUCAAGAUCUGUGUUGUCGACUUCAAGAUCAACUGAUUUACGCGGAGGACAAAUGGAUCACGGACUCGGCACGCUUAUUGAGUUUGAGCGAGGUUCUUGCCUCGCUCGACUCGACCGUCGAGCUUUUGGACCGUUAUUUCCAGCCCGGUGGUGUCACUGCGCGCUUGUUCAGAAAGCGCCUACUGGAGACCACAUUCGUGCCGCGGCUGGAAGAGUUCAAGACAAUGCUGCUUCUGACAAUGCAGCCUAGAUCAAGCGAAAAAAAUCAUGUGGAGAACAAACUUCGCAUCAAGUUUCGACAGUACCAUGAACUCGAUUCGGAUUCGAUAUCGGCAACCACUCCCAAAUGUGGAGACUACAAGCAGGUCACAGACAUGGCAACUGGCAAAAUGAACUCCAAAUUAGCCGACUUGUGCACUCACCGACAGAAUGGAAGCUGUCAAUGGAUUUUUGACGAAGACAAGUAUGACGGAUGGUUAUUCGGAAAUCAUCGUACACUUUAUUGCGUUGGGCCUGCGGGUGCUGGAAAGACUUUUCUUGCCUCCACUGUGAUUGAAAAUGUUCAAAAGGUCUUCACUUCUGCCGAAGUAGCCGUGGUCUAUUUUUUAGGUCAUGAUGAGACGGAAGAGACCAGCACGAUAGCUUUUCUCGAGACAAUUCUUGCCCAGCUUGUAUCGAGAAAAAAUCAGCCAUCCCACACGACCCUCACACUCUAUGAGUCAGAACCAUUUCAGAAUGGCCACGCCUCGGCAAAAGGUCUCCAGGACGCCAUUCGUGCAGAAGUGAAUCGUUUCUCCCGCGUCUUCUUUGUCAUCGAUGACAUUGAGUGUCUAGCAGAGGCAGACCGAGUUUUGAGUCGGCUUCAAAAGCUCCCAGAUCAUUGUCAAUUUCUUGUGACAACACGCGAAUCAAGAAUCGAUACGAAAGAUCCCUGCCUUUCAGUGCAUGCAACCCGCCAAGAUCUGGAACUUUAUGUCACAGCGCGUCUUGAGGAGGAUCAAGGUCUUCACAAUGUACUCAAAAGAUAUCCCAUUGACCUGAAAAUUGCCAUUGUGCAGCAAGUAGUCAAAAAGUCUCAUGGACUAUUCCUACUUGCCCGCUUCCAUAUCGAUCUACUUUCAAGAUGCACUGAUGGAAGUCUUCUUCAACGCGCACUGUUUCAUCUACCAGAGAGUCUCAAUGAUGCCUACGGCGAGAUCAUGACCCGCAUUGUCAGUGAGAAUACUUAUGCGAGUCGGUGCUUGUUCUGGACACUUUAUUCUCGAAGACCUUUGACAGUCGCCGAGUUGAGUUUUGCGGCUUCAUUUGAGCCGCUACUUCAAAAGAUGCCCAAAAGCUCUCACCAUUCCGAACAAGAUCCGUUGGCUGAAGCGGCGGGUCUCUUACGGAUUGAUGAGUUGACUCAGACGAUCCAGCUUGUUCAUCAAACAGCAAAAGAAUACCUCGGUGGUCCAGCGGCUAGGGUUUUCUUUCCAACCGCGAAAAAGCACAUUGCAGAGACCUGUCUGACGCUCAUCACCUCGGAUGAAGUUGUGGAUGAGUGCUAUAUGACCCGCGGCAUGCCGAACGGUGCUUCUCAGAUCCCACUACUCAACUAUGCAAUAACGCACUGGGGUGAUCACGCUCGAGAGAUCAGCGAGGACGAGCAGACUACCCAAGUGCUCAUUCGAGCGUUUUUGAAUAAACUUUGCUGGAGAAGACCGCCCAUUGAUUCCAAUUAUGUCACAGCCGUCGAUAUUCCAAAACGGUUGGGACUCGGUAGCUACUUCAUUGACUGGAGCGGUCUGCAUGUCCUCGCCUACUUUGGUAUUCUGAGCAAAGCAAGACGCUUGAUUGAGCAAGGAGUCGACAUCGAUGAGAAUGACAACGAGCUGGGUAUCACGCCUUUACAUUGUGCGGUUCACCGUGGACACGAGCAGAUGCUCGAUCUUCUCAUUGAACAUAAUGCGGAUCUUGAUGCGAGAUCUAGAGACGGGGACACUGCAUUGCAUAUUGCCGCGAGCCAGGGUCAUCGAAAACUCAUCAAAAGCCUCCUCAAUCGAAAGGUGAACUCGCGUAUCGCAAACUCGCAGGGCGCAACUGCACUUCAUUUAGCGAUUGGAAAAUGCUUUGACGAGGCAAUAGUUCCACUUAUGGUUCGAAGCCGCUUCGAUCUUGACUUUCAAAACACAUCAACCGGAAACACGGCCCUUCAUCUCGCAGUGGAAAUGAGGAGGCCUCGGAUUCUAUCAUUCUUGAUUGAAAAAGGUGCGAACAUGAAUAUGUUGAACCGGGAAGGGGUGACACCACUCCAGCUCGCUUGUCAGAUUGACAAUUGUGAGGCUAUCUCUUUGCUGUUGGAGCGCCACGCGCACUUGGAAACCCGUUCUUCCAGUGGUGACACUGCACUUCAUUUUGCGGCUCAAAAAGGGCACUGGAUAGCAUUCGAGCUUCUUUUGAGCGGUGGUGCCGACAUAAAUGCCUGGAAUAGCGAGGGAAACUCACUCCUUCAUGAUCUUGCUCAUCGUGGCGCGGCAACUAGCUUGUCAAUGGCCUCGCACUUACUCGAGGGUGGCGCCAAUAUUGAAGCGUGCAAUUCGCAAGGUCACACAGUCUUACAGCGAGCAGCUUUAUCUGGAAACAAAGCCAUGUUCUUUCAUCUUCUAGACCGAGGUGCAGACGUUGGAGUCGAAACCGCCAAGGGUGAAACACUAUUGCACAUCAUAGCCCCUUCCAAAAAGGAACACCUCGAUAUUAUCGCCGCUGCAUUAGAGCUCGGUCUGAGCCCGAACGCGAUGACAUGUAGCGGGUUCACGCCUAUUCACAGCGUCAUAGCCCGUCACCUGGAGAUCAUUCAAGUCCCCCUCGAAAACGUGAUCCUCUUCAUUUCUUUGAUGAUCUCUCACGGAGCCAAUAUUGAUGCUCAAUUGCUCUCACACAAGUCGGCAACGGCGCUACAUCUCGCAAUUGCAUGCAAAUCGCCCCAAGAGUUGUUAGUUGCUUUUCUCAUCAAAAGCGGUGCCGCACUCGACCUGAAGACAAGCGAUGGUCAUACCCCCGUACAACUUGCCGUUGAAUGUGGAUCGCGCCGAAUUCUGGCUCUCUUGCUCGAGGCGGGGGCAGAUUCUAUUUUGCAGACUCCGGCCUUGCCUUUAGGUGCUCGCAAAUUUAGUCUUCUCCAGCAUGCACGAGAAUCUCUAGUGGUCAUCCAGCCAGAAACCGCCAUUCCUAUCUACACAUAUCAAAAGACCGCAAAGCAUCUCCCCUCACUGAGCAGAAAGCGCGACAGCAUUGGUACAGAAAUUGAUGAACUUGAGCAUGGAUCGGACACAGAUGAAAUAGGCGGUUCGACGCUUGUUGGGGAGGAUGCUUCUGUUUGGGGUUCGAGGUCUUCUACGACGUCUAUGGAUUUUCCAACUAUCACAUCUUAA